UCGGCCUAAUCCCGCUCAAGUUAGACACUCCGAAGGGAAAAUCUCAAGUACUGUGUGUGCAGCGAGGGGUAAACGCGGAAAUGUUUUAAGUGACGAUGCAUUAUGAACGAGAUAGACUGUUUCUCGCUCUCAGGUCUCGAAUUAUAUACAUGUAGAGCUCUGUACUUGAUCGGGGAGUUUUCUCACUGUAGUUUCGACUGUCAAGAUGAAUAAACGAAUAUUUUACACAGAGAGGGAAAUUAGUUUACUUAAAGAGCUGGUUACGAAGCGAGUGUGUGUGAUUGAAAACAAGAAAACUGACUUUAAAUCUAUACAAGAGAAGAACCGUGCGUGGUUAGAUGUGUCGAAAGAGUUCAAUGCAUUUCCGUACGUGUAUAGAAGGAACGAGAAACAGCUGAAGAAAUGUUGGCAGAAUUUAAAGGAACGAUCGAAGAGGCGGGAGGAGACGGAGCGACACGAACGGGAACUUGCGUAUAAAGGAAGAGAAAAUGAUCCCAUUUUCGUCGACGAAACUGACGACAAAUCCAGUUUAGCUUCACUAAUAGUCAAGCAGAAUGAAAUGGGGGCUGGAGGCUUCGAUGGCUCGGAGAAUCGUAUGGAAGACACCGAUGAACAUAUUCCGACUGUCGCUGAGCGGCUCCACCAUUGUCGGCAUUCCUCUUCCGGUCCAGCAGAAGAUGGUGGCUCCACGUCGUUUGGCUAUAACAUUGAAAUGGAACACCAGAUACGUGAGCACAGUGCCCGGAUGGACCUGAUGGCCGCCCAGCUCCGGCACGCGAGGGAGGAGCAUGAACUCAAGAUGGAAGUAUUGGCACUGAAGAAGGCCGUCCUAGAAGCGGAAGUUCACAAAUAUGGCGGAGUAUUGCGGACAAUGGAUGCAACAUGAUGCUUUGUGAUGUUUGAAAGUGUUUUUGAAAUUAAAGACAGGAUUUAAUUUUUGCAUAUGCAGCUAUCAACUAGUAUCGCGCAUUCCUGGGAGGAUUUACGGCAUAGUUCUACUGUUGUUUAUUAUGGAAGUGUAAACCGGCAUUCAACUGUGUUGGAUGCAGAGCUUUAUGUUAAGCAUGUGUGAAGGAAUACGGGUGCAACCUUUCUUGUGUUAAUCAUUUAAUUGUUUCUUAUGAAUGUAUAUAAAUAGAACGACAAUACAUAUUGAUCGUGGUAUUA